UCCUGCCUUGGGGCUGCUGAACGAGGGGCGUAGUUGUGGCUGCCUCUGACUUAGUUGCGGGUUUGUCUGUGAGGCUUUUUUCCCCGGGAAGGCCAGAAAGCUGCGUUGAGGCGGGGGCGGAGGGUUCUGUUUUGGCUGGGGACUGUAACGUGGCAUUACGCGCGAGGAGGCGGCAGCGGCUGCGCGGGCUGAGGGGAGCGAGCUCCGCCGGGCGACCCCUCGGCCCCAGGGAGAGCUGCCUCCGGCAGAUAGACUUACCUUCAAAUGUAAGAGCUCUUGGCCUCACUGGUAGUAACAGACACUGAAGUCUGAGCUGCCAUACUACUUGUCUUAAGGAAGUAUUUGGUGAUUCAGAGAUAUGGAAAACUUGGUGGCUGGAUCCAACCUUCCUCCUCUUUUUACAGAUGAAGAUGGAGCUAAGGAAGGGAGUGAAAUUGCUGUAACUGGAUUAGCUCAUUCUGAGAGUUCAUUCAGUGGUGGAACUUCACAGUCUGUGAACAACCCGGAAUUGGUAGAGGAUUUGUCACAGGUCCAACAGCUGCAAAAUGAGUCCUCUACCACUGCUGAAAACACUGAGCAGAAGCCUGAAGAGGAGCAGCAAAGAACUAAACGAGGAGGCUGGGCCAAAGGGAGAAAGAGGAAGAAACCUCUCAGGGACAGCAAUGCCCCCAAAUCCCCCCUCACAGGGUACGUGCGAUUCAUGAAUGAGCGUAGGGAGCAGCUUCGAGCGAAGAGGCCUGAAGUCCCUUUCCCAGAGAUCACCAGGAUGCUGGGCAAUGAAUGGAGUAAACUGCCUCCUGAGGAGAAACGGCGAUACCUUGAUGAAGCAGAUAGAGAUAAGGAGCGUUACAUGCGGGAACUGGAGCAGUAUCAGAAGACCGAAGCCUACAAAGUCUUUAGCAGGAAAGCACAGGACAGGCAAAAAGGCAAAUCACACAGACAAGAUGGAGCAAGGCAACCAGCCCAUGAUCAUGAGAAAGAAGCAGACACAAAGGAGAGAUCUGUUUUCGAUAUUCCAAUUUUCACAGAAGAGUUCCUGAAUCAUAGUAAAGCCCGUGAAGCUGAGCUGCGGCAGCUGCGCAAGUCCAACAUGGAGUUCGAGGAGCGGAAUGCUGCUCUGCAGAAGCACGUGGAGAGCAUGCGCACUGCCGUGGAGAAGCUGGAGGUGGAUGUGAUCCAGGAGCGCAGCCGCAACACCGUGCUGCAGCAGCAUCUGGAGACCUUACGCCAGGCGCUCACUACCAGCUUUGCUGGAGUCCCACUGCCAGGUAGUGGGGAGACGCCCACACUGGAGACCAUCGAUUCCUACAUGAACAGACUGCACAGUAUUAUUAUGGCCAACCCACAGGAGAAUGAGAACCUCAUAGCCACGGUGCGAGAUGUGGUAAACAGGCUUGAACGCUAGUGACUGGGUCUCGUCACCCAGGGAUGCUUUACAAAAUAUUUUUGGCCAGUGUGGAAUAAGAAGCCAUGAGGGAAAGGACUAGGGGUGGGAGGCAGAACUGCGGGUUUGUCCUGGUCGCUGCCUUGGGUUUGUCAGUGAGACAAACAGAUCAAAAAGGCCUGAAGAAGCCAUGGCCACCACCCACUAAACAUUUGGACCUGUCCUCUGUGUAAAUGUUUAAGAGCAUGAAACUUCUGUGCCAUCUUCACUUCCUGACUGACAUAGCUGGAUGUGAGGGUGCGUACUUUCUGUUGUCUGGCUGACUCUGGAGAUGGAAUCUUGCAGCUUGUGGAAUGGACUCAGCUGAUGUGUUGUAGUGAUCUUUGGUGUGCUAUACUGCCUAAUGUCUUCUAGUGUCUCUUACUUUCACCUUUAUCUUAUGGGAUUACUUUCCUCCACCUUUUAGGUUCUUCUUUUGAUCUGGCUAUCUGAUACUUGGAGUGCUGGAUAGCAGUACUUGCGUUCUCUGCUGUAACAGGCAGUCUUCCCUGGUGCACUGUCUUGUCCUGCCCUGCCUGCCAUGUCUAUAUAAGCUUCUCUUAUGCAGAAUCCUGGGGUUUUUUUUGUGUUAGCCUGCACUUUCUACUGUGUGAGUAUGUUCCCUGCUAGAUGAUGGCUGUGAUUGGUGCUUUGUGACUUGAUUCUACUAUGAGACAGACUUCUUUGGUUCUUCCUGCCUUCAAGCACCUCUCUUGCACAUAGCUUCCUGCUCUUCUGUAAAAGUCUCCUGUUAUCUCUUGAAAGUGUUUGGUAGGGCAUUUUGCUACCACAAAGGUCAGUGGUUAUCAAGAUCAAGUGAAAUGUUAGUUCUUCUCAGCAGGGAAAAUAAGAAUCUGCAUUAUUUCAGAUUAAAACCACAAAGCUUGUCCUUCCUCUGAUAGGUUGCUCAAUCUAAUGUUACUGCCUGGGUUUUGAGAGGAUGAUGUCGUGGUGAGAGUGGUAUUCUGCAAAAAGAUAAGUGGCAGAGGGGCAGCACAUUUUUUCUGCCCUCCUGAAAUCACAGUGCUGGGAAGCAGUGUGCCUGGAAGCAGCACCUGUAUUUUUGCGUACGUUAUUAGAGCAGAGGUUAUUAGCAGCUAAGUCCACAUAGCAGCCCACAGAAUUCUGCAUUAGAGCCCAUAAGUGCUUUCACCUUUUGCAUAAAGUACAGCCUGUGGAGCAUAUUAUGUUCCAGUGUGACCUAAAUGGCCUUGGACUUGCAUCAAGUAGACCUCUGCAUGCUGGAGUCUACAGUCUUGCUGAGCUAUGCUGUACCUCCUGUCAAAGAUGAAGGCACCUACUGUCUGCGCUAACUCAUGCAAAUUGUUUGCCGCCCUUUGGUUCCUGUCAAAUUGUUAGUUCAGUCUUCGGAUGAACACUUGUUGGACUCCUCUGGGCUUUAUGGUAGUGGUGAGAAUGUUCUUUCUUCCACAUGACAAUCUCCUUGCUCCUCUCAGGAUUUCCCUGUUAUGAACUGGACUUUGCUUUCAUUGCUGGAACGUAUUGCAGACAGAAUCACUUAAUGUGUUUGUAAUGUGAGUAUUUGAAGAUUAAAAAGCAGUUUCUUCUUUUCCCGUGCUGUACUAAUGGACUUCAUGCUUGCCUGAAGCCAUCUCCAGCUCAACACCUUUUAUGUCAGGUCUCCAUGUAGCUGGUGGGCUUGUUGCUGUAGCCAAGGAGCAAAGAUUUCCAUGUAAAUUCAAGUCUUCCUUCAGGGAGGAAACUCCUUUCUCUCGUCUUCAGUCUCAUUCUCAAGACUUUGCAAAAAGAAACCUCAGUUUGAUGCAUUUACCUCCAUUUUCCCUAGCAUGGAUGAGAGCAGCUGGUGUUGGUAUGGACUUCUGUGGAUUCUAUAACAAAUAAUGUGCAGGGUUAAAAAUAGUACAAGUUAAUAAUGCCUCCAGAAGAAGCAUGGAUACUUUCAUCUCCUCUGUGUGUCUUGGGUUUUAGAAUUGAUAAUAUUUGACUUUUAUUGAAGUCGCCAAAAUGCACCACACAGCCAAAAGUUGAUUCUGAGUUUCAAGUCUGUGGCAUCUUACCUAAUACCUGGAGCUGCAUGCUAUAAGGACUCCAGAAAUUGCUGGGUUUUAUGCUGAUAGGAUGCAAUUCCAGGCUCUGCAAGUACUGUAAAUAAAGUGUGGGGGCUGCAGGGUGCCCCUGUCUGCAUCAAGUUGUGGCAUACCGAUAAUAGAUAGUAGUAUGCGAGCGUUAUGGGACAGGAAGCUUAAGGUGAUGUUAUUAGGGGCUGACAAAUCUCUUCCUUUCCCCACAAGGAGGGAGGGGAGGUUGUUUACCCAUCUGGAAGCAUCUGGGGAAGCCUGAGUUCUUGCUUACCGAUGAUGUGACAAAUGAUGUUUUGUCUUGUGAAGAAGCUUCUUAUUUGCAUUGAUUAACCCUAUAAAAUGGAUUCUGCCUUUCCAGUGUUUUCUGAGUGUCACUUCAGUUUACAUUUUUCAAUGUUGACUGAUGAAAAGACAGUAAAAAAUGAAGUGGGUGUCAGGGAAGGGAGCAGGAUAAAGUGCUUUUGUCACUUAGAGAAAUGUCAAGAGAAAUAUGAAAACAGAACCCAUUUGCUGGAUUAAUGUGUUUGGAGUUGUUGAGAUGCCAAGUUUUCUGUACAAUGUUUUUGUAAUUAAACUUUGGAAUUCCUUUGUUUUUAAGAAGUUGAUGUGCUUGUUUGACACUUGCUUCAUUAAAAUUGUUCAACGUUGAA